AUGAGCAUGAAUUCUUCUUUAUCCAUAGAAUUAAUUAAUUCUCUCCAAUUCAACUCAUCAUCGGAAGAGAAGCAAAGCAAUUCUUCUCAACCAUGCAAAGCUUUUGAAGAAGAUGGAUUUUGUAUGAAAGGAUCUCAAUGUACAUUUCGACAUGACAAUGCAAUCAAGAAUGUCAAUUAUAUUGAGUUUCUUUUUGAGUAUGAAACAAUAGCAUCAUCAACAACAAUUAAUUCCGAUGAUGUUUCUCUCUCUAAAAAAGCAAAGAAAAUUCAACAAGUUGCAAACUCACCUCAAAAAGCAAAAAUUGCACCAAAAUCCAAGAAAAUUAAAUUAUCCAAUGAAUUGAGAGAGGAAUCAACACCAUCACAACCACAACAAACAAAAGAGCCCUUUGAAAUUCCACUUGAGUAUGAAAAAGUUAAUUUCGAUAAACCUCUCAUUCCUUUUGAUUUCUCAUAUCACACUCCAACACACGUGAGACAAAAGAUGAUGGAAGAUCUUAUCGAAAUUCAUUCAAAAAUUACCAACAAUAAGAAAAAAGCAAUAGUGCUAUCCUUUCAAAAAGAAAAAGAAUUUUAUUCUGGAUCCUUUGACAAGAUGAGUUACAUGAGGCAAUUCACCAGGUUCAAAAAAGAACAAGCUGUUUCUGCUCUCGGAAAUCAAGAAACGAAGAAGAAACAAUAA